AUUGACAUUGAGUCUGAGUGGAGUCCCGGUCUGUGCCAGCCUUUCUAAGAUUCCAUCUCUCGUGUCAAUCAAGAAGGCAAGAAGCAAGAAGACACUCCACACGCUUCCGCCGUCGUAGUUGCUCUUGUUUCUGUUGUUUUGGGAGAUCCUUUGAUUGAUUUGUUGUAGCGUUCACCAUGGAUGAUGGCUGCUGUUGCGUUCCAUGCCUUCAGUGUGUCCGCACAAAGGAGGUGGCUGUAGUGGAAGAUCUGGGUAAUUUUGAGCAGCUGCUGGGACCUGGGCUGCACUUUGUGUUUUGGCCCCUGAAGAGCAUCGUGGGACGCUUGUCUUUGCGAAUUCAACAAUUGGAUGUUCUUUGCGAGACCAAGACAAAGGACAAUGUGUUCGUACAUGUCCAAGUGGCAGUCCAGUAUCGUGUGCUGGAAGAAGGCGCCUACGCCGCGUACUAUCGGUUGACAGAUCCUCGUGGUCAGAUCCAAUCCUAUGUCUUUGAUGUGGUGCGCAGUACGGUGCCCAAAUUGGAAUUGGACGCUGCCUUUGCCAGCAAGGCCGAAAUUGCGGAUGCUGUCUUGGCCCAACUCAAAGAUGUCAUGAAAGACUAUGGAUACGAAAUUCUCAACACGCUUGUGACGGACAUGAGCCCCGAUUACAAAGUCAAGGCCAGUAUGAAUGAAAUCAAUGCCAGCAAGCGACUCAAGGAGGCAGCCGCCCACAAGGCCGAAGCCGAUAAAAUCAAACUCACAAAGCAGGCCGAAGCUGAAGCCGAGAGUCGGUAUUUGAGCGGUCUGGGAGUGGCCCGACAGCGCAAGGCCAUUGUGCAGGGUCUACAGGAAAGCGUCACGGAAUUCUCCAAUGAAGUGGGAACCCGUCCCAAAGAUGUCAUGGAUAUUUUGCUAUUGUCCCAGUAUUUCGAUACCCUGAGCACCGUCGGUGCCAAUGCGCUUUUUGUCAAUCACGAUCCCAGUACCGUGGCAUCGCUUCAGUCGUCUCUCGGUGGCUCCUUUAUUCCAGACAAGCGCAAUCCUCCUUAGAGCAUUUGAUGUGCAUUACACGACAAUCCAAACCGCAAAAUGCAGAGGAUUCAAUUCCUAAUACUUCUGGUGCUGGUAUGCAUGCUUCGGAACCUCUCAAUGAUUUCUGAAUAAUUUCAUUGAUCGAGGAUAGUGAACGUGAUUGCAUGUUUUUUCUUUUUAGAGUUGACAAUGGUAUCCAUUUGCAUGGUGAUGCAUGGCUACUUGUAAAGAAUUUAGUGAUACACAUACAUGU